UUGCGGUGCGAAGUAUUUCACAAUUUUAUAAUAGGAUAGAGCAGAUGGCGUGCAUUCCAAAGGCACAAAUUCAAAACCCUUGAUGUCUAGUCUUAAAUUGAGGUUAUAGUUUGUAGUUCAGUGCAAUGAUAGAACACUAAAAUAUUUAAAUGUAAAAAAUGAGUGAUUCUGAAAAAGAAGACGGUCCUAAAGUGACCGGACCGGUAGACAAUGCUUGGUCAUUAAAAAUUCCAGCUUUUAAGCCGGAAGAUAAUCCUAGUCGUCUGUUAGAAGAAAGUUCGUUUGCGACACUUUUUCCGAAGUACAGAGAACACUACUUGAAAGAACAUUGGCCGCUUGUUCAAAAAGCUUUGGGCGAGCAUGCUGUUAAAGCAGAAUUGGACCUGGUGGAAGGAAGCAUGACAGUUAAAACUACGAGAAAAACAUGGGAUCCUUACAUUAUCAUUAAGGCACGUGACAUGAUCAAACUUAUGUCACGAUCUGUUCCAUUUGAACAGGCUGUCAGAGUACUAGAGGAUGAUAUCGGUUCAGAUAUUAUAAAAAUAUCUUCCCUUGUUAGAAACAGAGAGAAGUUUGUUAAAAGACGUCAGAGGCUUAUCGGACCGAAUGGAUGUACUUUGAAAUCCAUUGAACUGUUAACAAAUUGUUAUGUACUUGUACAGGGGCAAACAGUGGCUGCACUGGGUCCUUACAAAGGUCUGCAACAAGUUAGACGCAUUGUAGAAGACACUAUGAAAAACAUUCAUCCAAUUUAUAAUGUUAAAGCAUUGAUGAUCAAGAGAGAGCUAGGUAAAGACCCAAAAUUAAAGAAUGAAAAUUGGGAGAGGUUCCUUCCAAAGUUCAGCAGCAAGAAUAUCAGCAAAAGGAAACAGCCUAAGAAGAAGAAGGAGAAGAAACCUUAUACUCCAUUCCCACCACCGCAAACUGAAAGCAAGAUAGAUAAGAUGAUAGCAUCUGGUGAAUACUUCUUGAAGGAGGAGCAGAAGAGAGCCAAGAGGAAGAAAGAACAAGAAGCUAGACACCAAGAAGCUGAGAAGAAGAGGCAAGAGCGCAGAGCACAAGCAUUUGUACCUCCUGAAGAGAAACCUAAAGAGAAGAAGGAACAAGAAACAGAUAUAAACUUGGAUGAGUUUAAAAAGAAAGUAAAGAAAGGAUUGAAGAAACGCGGGGGACAAUCGUAGCGAUCUUUUGUGAAUAGCAAGACUCGAUUUUGUUCAUAGAUGUAUUUAUAUACGAUAUUUUUAAUAAAAAUAACACGUUUGUUGGUAAA